CUUACGAUGUACUUCAAUUCCCAUGCUCCCAAGCUUUGCUGAGCAUAACCUUGGGCCACGACCUUGGGCGUCAGUGCCUUGCGACUAAGUGGCAGUAAUGGACUCGAGCAGUGCUUUCUGCUGCGCAGUUUGCGGCGCGCCCUGCCGGAGCAGCCCUGCGCUCACCCGAACAUCUCCAGCCUCCAGCCACGCACGGGAACCCGCCUGGCUCCGCCAGCCUUGCGCUUGUGCUCGCUGCGGAGUCAUUGUCUACUGCUGCGAGGCGCACCGUCAGGUACACAGCCAGCUGCCAGGCGAUGGCGGCGGCCAUGACACGCGGGAGUGCAACCGCAUGGCAGAUCAGCUGCAACGGGGUGCGCGGCUGGUGGCGUCUCUGCCCUUUCCCUGGGCGCGCGGGCUGUGCCGGCUGGCAGGUCUUGGAUCCAGGGCUGGCAACCACCACGUACCUGGGCUCACGCCAGCAGUGACUAGCGUGGACAACCAACUGCGACCAGUUGAAGCAAUAGCAGCCGGUCAGGAAGCUGCCGGGGAGGACAGGACACCUGCAGCGUGGAGCGACUUUCUGGGGACCCGGUCAUCUGCAUGUGAGGUUCUAGCAGCUGCAUGCGAGCUGCACGGGCAUGUUGGGUACAGCACCCGCACAUGGCCUAGCGGGUCCAGCGGCAGGAGUAGCAGCGAGGGUGGAGCAUCCGCUCCUGGCGACGCGUCAAGCGUCCAUGCCACACCUACAUCGGCAUGGACGCCAAGUGCGGGCGUGAAGUGCAGGGCGGAAGGAGUGUGGCGCCGCCUUUGCUCGUGCCGCCCAGCAGCAGACUUGCCGCCGUGGGGACUCUGCCAGCUGCCGCAACUCGCAUCGUUGCGGCUUGCGAGGGCAUCAUCGAGGGCAGGGCAAGGCAUCAGAGAGUCAUGGGACCAUGCAACAUGGGCUCACAAAGUGUGGCGCCUGCCCGCUGACUUCACACCACCGCUUGAACAGAGCAGCACUAUCGCACCUGCGGGAGACGCACCAGCGGCAGCGGGCACAGGGCAGGCUGGUGUGGCGGCACUGGCGCAUGACGCUGAGCACAAGGAGCCGGCGCCAAAGGCUGAUGCAUGGUAUCCACCAUCGCAGCCCUCCAAAUGUCCGUCAGCAGGCGUGUCGGACUGGGGUAGGUACUAUCAGUGGGCUUGCUUGCCGCUGGCAUCACCCGCAGCGCUGCUGCUGCACUUCCCGCUCACCCUGCUCCGCGCACUGUCGGUCGCGGACGCGCGCACUGGGGGCCUGGUACUGGGCGGCGGCCAAUGCAGCAGCAGUGGCAGCGGGAGCUAUGGCGAAGAGCUGCAGGAUCCUGAACAGCCGCUGGAUAAGGCUGCGAAUGGUCGGGUCGAUGUAGGCCAGGGCGGGCGGGCAGCCAAGCGGCCACGGCUUUUGGCCGGUCAGGGUCAGGGGCACGGUCAGGAGCAGCCGCAGCAACCUACAGAGCGGGAUGGGCAUUGCUCAGCGGCCCCAAGUGGCAGCAGCCGCCUCCCAGGAGGGGAACCUGCUGCCGCUGCUACUGCCCGCCAGAUUGUGGACGUUUUAUACUUGGGCCCUCAGGCGGAGUUGGACUGCCUAGACUGCUUUGCGGCACUGCUGCCGCUGCUGCCGCGCGCCUGCACGCUGCGGGUGCGCAUGAUGGGGCCUGACGUACCUCCUGACUGGCACGGCGCCGAGCUCACCUAUGACAGCAGCAGCAUCUGCGGAACCCGGAUCACCGGCACGGACAUGGGCAGGGCCGCAGCCGAAGCCGCAAAAGACUUGGCCGACAGCAGGAGGGAGAGCGGGGAGGGGGAGGGGCAGCGUGCUACGCAGCCCGGAAGCACGCGCAUUGAGCUUAGCUUUUGGAGCUGCAGCCUUCACGAGGCUCCGGAGAGCCUGCUGCGCGACUGCCUAUCCGCGCCUGCGCCGCAGCCCGCGGCGCCGCCGUCAGUACUGCAGCCUGCGCCGAGUUUUAUCUCGGCGCCGCCUAUCCAGUCUCAGCCGCCGGCUGCCGGUGACGCAGGAGCUUGUCGGGAACCGGUGCCAGGUGCUAUGCAUGGUAGCAGUGCCGCUAGUCCAGCUGCCGCUCCCCCGCUGGUGGUGCUGGCGCCCAACGCGGGCCUGCCUGCCUACAUGUCCUGGGUGCCCUCCCUGGAGCUGCUGGUGGCGGCCAGCCGGCCCACCAUGGCUGCAACGACCCGAGGCCAAGCUGAAGUAGGGGCUGGCGCUGGCGCUGGCGCUGAUUGCGGCGGCGGCGGCGGCGACAAACCUGGCGUUGUAGGGUGGCGCAAGCGGCUGGCAGCCAUCCUGGACUGUCCCAGCGCUGACGACGGCGGCAGCGUUGCCUGCAUGGGUGGUGGCAUGCGGCGAUUGGUGUGCUGCUUGUUCACGGCUUACAACGAGGAAGAGGUGCUGCGGUCGGAGCAGCUGCUGAGUCAGCUGUAUGGCGUAGUGCCGGACGUGACUUGCUGUGAGAACCCCUUUAGGCAGCCGCUGUGGUGUGUGGAGCGGGCAGGCAAUGCACUGCCUUCGUUCAGCAAUGGCUUCCUUUUUGGGUGGUGUGGUGAUGGCCGGGGAGUGGACUGGUAAGGCAGGGCGGCAGAGGUGCGGAUGUGUUGCCACAAGAUGAUUUUG